AAAAUUAUUCGUAAAGCCAUUCGUGAAAAAAUGGAUACUACUAAAUAUCCAUCUAGUGAACAACUAGAAAUUAUAUCAAAAGUAGCUCUUGAAACACAUAAUAAAGGCCAAUUAGAAGCUGUAAAAGAAAUUGUCCGGGAAUAUAGAAGUGAAAUAAAAAGCAAAGUAAAAAAGGCAUUAGGAGAAGUGUUUGGCAAAGAUCGAUUUCCACCAAUUGAGCAAGCACGUCCAUCAGCUAAUCAAGUAAAUAUGUGGAAACAUUUAGAAAAUUCAAAAGAUCCUGAAAAUCCUGAUUUUACUUGGCGGCUAGCUGUUCUUGAGCAAAUUUAUCCAGGAGAAACAACAAAAAAUAAUAUCGCAUUUGCAUGUGUAUGUAUUGAUGUUAUUUGUAAUGCUGAAUACUCCGGGUAUAAAUUACGACAAGAUUAUGUUAUCCAAGAAAUGAAUGCCGCUCUUGAGGGGAUAGAAUCGAAUAAAUUAGAAACAUAUGAAUCUGAUACUAAUUAUUUCGAAGGGGAAGAGGAAUAA